GCCGGCCCCCUGCGCGGUACCUUCAACAUGAACUUUCGAUAUACGAUUAUAUUUUUAACGGCCAUGCAUUUAUUGAAUUAUAAGUCUUAUUCAACAGCAAAUUUCCGACUUGCUAUUUCGCUGUGUUUCCACGAAAACCUUAUAUCGUGUUGCAAUGGACCAUAAAAAGAAUGACUUCAAUAAUAUGACCAUUAUUCAUCCAGCAAUUAUUUCAAAUGAAAGUUUUGAAGAUGCGUAUUUACCAGUUAACUUAAAAUUCUUAGAAAGAACAUUAAACAUAGACGCGCUGAUAAACUAUGCAGAAAAAUUAUUUAAAGAAAAAUUAUCAGAGUUUGAGAGCACUUCAAGUAGUGAUGAAGAGAGUGAUAUAAUAAACGCAACUUGGAAAAAAAAACUGGGCAAGUUGUCAUUCACUAAAGAAGAAUGGCACAAUGAAAAAAAAAAGUUUUACAAUAUAAAAUCACUUGGAAAGGAAAGAGAGUGGCUGCGGGAAGUACUUCUUAAUGAGAGUUCAGAUGAAGAUGACAGUAAUGACACUAUUAGUGAAUUUGAAUUAAAACAAAUGUUAAAACUUCAUGUUAAAGCAAAUAAAGUUAAAAAAAAAAUGUCUCCUGAUAUUCAUAAUAAAUAUUCAUUUUAUGGAUCUAGUCUUGUUAUUGAGCAUGACCAAUACAUAGAUCGCUUUAAAAAAAAUGUGAAAACAAUAAAAAAAUCAAAGUUAGCCAAUAAAAAGUUGUUUAACAAAAAUAGAAAGAAGGUUUCUGAUAUCAAACUUUUAAAGCAAAAAGUUCAUCAUGAUAAAGAGAUUGCGUAUAAAAGAAAGAAACUUUGGAAUUUAAUAGCAAAAAAGGAAAUACCAAAGAUAAGUAAAACACGUUCAAAUAACCAUAGUACUAUACUGCAAACAUUAAAAAAGGUUGCUCAAGCUUGUCAGCGGGAGCUCAGAAAAGAAGCUCUGCGAUCUCAAAAGAUUUCAAAGGAUGCUAUACCCCGAGCUAGAAGAAUGGCCAAAGAGAUGCUCCUAUAUUGGAGAAGAUUUGAUCGUGUAGAAAAAGAACACAGAAAAAAAGCUGAGAAAGAAGCUAUGGAACAAAGAAGACAAGACGAAGAGAUGAGAGAGAUGAAACGACAGCAAAGAAAACUUAAUUUUUUGAUCACACAAACUGAAUUGUAUGCUCAUUUUAUGGGCAGAAAAAUGAAAGGUAACAAUCAAGAUUUAAGUGCUCAAAAUGAAAUUUUAAAAAAGUUGGAAGAUACAUCAGUGAACAAUUACAGUUAUAAUGCAUCUUCGGUUCUUAUAAACAAUGAAAUUGAUGAUUAUGAUGCAGAUUCGAUGAAGGAGCAGGCUUUACUUAAUGCUCAAACUGCUGUGUUAAAGCAGCAAAAAAAGACAAAUUCAUUUGCUGAUGCAGAAAUGAAACCUGGGAUGAUUUUAAGUUCUUUUGAUGGGGCAUAUAGUCUUUCUGAACCUGCUCUUGAUGAAGGAAAACUUCCUCAACCUAAAAUAUUUGAAGGGAAACUUAAAUCAUAUCAGUUAAAAGGCAUGAAUUGGUUAGUUAGUUUGUAUGAAAAAGGAAUAAAUGGAAUACUUGCUGAUGAAAUGGGAUUAGGAAAAACAGUUCAAAGCAUCUCUUUUCUAGCAUACUUAGCUGAGGUUCAUAACAUAUGGGGUCCUUUCCUCGUUGUUGCGCCUGCAUCUACUCUGCAUAAUUGGCAACAGGAGUUUGAAAAGUUUCUUCCUCGCUUUAAGGUUCUUCCAUAUUGGGGCGAUCCUGGCGAUAGAAAAAGUUUACGGAAAUUUUGGAAUCAUUCAUCUUACAUGAUUAAUUCCAAGGAGAAUGCUCCUUUUCAUGUUCUAAUAACAAGUUAUCAAUUGAUUGUGCAAGAUGUUAAGUAUUUUCAGAGAAUUCGCUGGCAGUAUUUAGUUCUUGAUGAAGCUCAAGCUAUUAAAAGUAGUUCAAGUAUGCGAUGGAAAAUUCUUUUGGGUUACAACUGUCGUAAUCGACUUCUGCUAACUGGUACUCCCAUUCAAAACACAAUGGCUGAGUUAUGGGCCUUGCUGCAUUUUAUUAUGCCAACCUUGUUUGAUAGCCAUGAUGAGUUCAAUGAAUGGUUUUCAAAAGAUAUUGAAGGUCAUGCUUCAGAAAAAAAACCAGUCCUAGAUCAAAAUCAACUUUCACGUUUGCAUAUGAUUCUAAAACCAUUUAUGUUGAGAAGAAUUAAAAAAGAUGUAGAGAAUGAACUUUCAGAAAAAAUUGAAAUUAAACUAAUGUGUACAUUAUCAUCAAGACAAAAACAACUUUACCAAGCUGUCAAGAAUAAGAUUAUUAUAGAAGAUUUAUUACUAACAGCUAAUGCUUCUGGUGAAUCAAAAUCAAACUCUCUACUUAUGAAUCUUGUUAUGCAAUUUAGAAAGGUCUGCAACCAUCCAGAGCUAUUUGAACGUAAAGAACCUUUAAGAGGUCUUUUUUUUACAACUCCGCCUAUCAUCAUGAGCAAGUUUAUUUAUCGACAUGGUUUAUUAAGUAAUUGCUGUACUGAGUUGCGCAACAAAUUCUCAAUUUGGAAUGAAGAUUAUAUUCAUACAUCACUAGAUGAAAAUGGUACUGGUUGUUACAGUUUUACACGCUUUAUUGACUUGUCACCUAAAGAAUGUGUACAUUUAUUUAUGAGUUUGGUUUCAAGAUUAUCAUUUAUUUUGACUGCUAUUCAUCAAAGACAGAAGCUCUCUCAUGAGAGAACAUGGAGAAACAGUAAAAAUAAAAAAUCACCAUGCAGUAGCAGCAGCACUUCAAAAAGACUCACACGAAAAGAUCUACUUAUUUGUCCACAAUCCAAUUUAUAUAAUGAAGAUUUUUGUUUUACUGGUUAUGCAAAGUGCUUUUCAACCCAUCAAGACUUCUUAAUUACUGAAUACAAAUCCACACGCAUAUCUCCACAAUUAGGUCAUGUGAAUGAAGAUAUCAAACGACGUAUCUUAAUUACAAGAUUAUUGAAACACUAUCCUGUGGAUUAUCCAAACUUUUUAACAGCAUACUAUCCAAAGGUUUGUUCUCCUCCAGUAGAAGUUUAUUGCAGUGACCGAAGUGCGUCUUAUCAGUACAUUAAUUCUUUUUAUGGCACUGAAGAUUUAUUAAAUAUACUGCAUUUUGGUUUAAAUUCAGCUUCAUCCAUUGAAAACUCAUCUUUUUUUUACUCUCAUCCACUUCAAGGGCUAGAUGCUGCUAGGCCGUUAAAUGGCUGGUCUCAUAUUAAAAGACCAGAUCGCUCCACAUUGGCUUCAGAUAGUGGGAAAUUAUUAGUUCUUGACAAACUUUUAACGAGACUAAAGAAAGAGGAUCAUCGUGUUUUGAUUUACUCUCAAAUGACUAAGAUGAUUGAUAUUCUUGAAGAGUUUAUGAAGUUUCGUAAACAUUCUUACAUGAGACUUGAUGGCUCAUCUAAAAUCUCUGACCGUCGAGAUAUGGUUUCUGAUUUUCAAUCUCGAGAUAUUUUUGCGUUUUUACUCAGUACACGUGCUGGUGGCCUAGGAAUUAAUUUGACUGCUGCUGAUACAGUUAUUUUUUAUGACAGUGAUUGGAAUCCUACUGUUGAUCAGCAGGCUAUGGAUCGAGCUCAUCGAUUAGGUCAAACAAAACAAGUAACUGUUUAUAGACUUGUUACAAAAGGAACAGUUGAAGAGAAAAUUUUAAACCGAGCCAGAGAGAAAAGUGAGAUUCAAAACAUCGUUAUUUCUGGUGGUCAGUUUAAUAAAGAAGUACUGAAGCCAAAAGAAGUUGCUUCACUGUUAUUAGAUGACAUUGAACUUGCUGCCAAAUUAAAGCAGCGUCAAUUUGAAAAGAAAGUUUCAGAAGAAAAUGGAAAAAGAUUCGGAAGAAAGCGAAAACAAGUUGAACUUGAUUUUAAAGACGUAAGUGAGAAUUCUUGUCAGUUUGAUGUUGAUGAAAAUAGCAUUUCAAGUAUUGAGCUUGGAAUCGAUGACGAAUCGGCUGAUUCUUCUCGUCCUUCAUCUGCGGUACCGUUUGAAAAUUCUGUUAAUUUGUUACCACCAUCUUCAAAAAGAGGUAGAGGUAGAGGCAUUCCUAGGUCAGGAAGAUGGAAACCAAAAACUGGGAGUUUGGCUAAAGCUGCUGCUUCUGCUGCAGCUAUGGCUGGUGUUGCAGCCGGGUCAGCUGCUGCUUAUGCUGCAUACGGUUAUACAAUUCAAACCAUAACUAAAGAAUGAUUGUUUGUUUCGAAAAUGUAAAUUAUAUAAAUAUAAAAUUUUAAAAUGCAAAUAUUAAUUAACGUGU